AUGUCGCCCGCCAAGCAAGGCCGCAAAAUCGCCAUUGUCGGCGCUACAGGAUCAGUCGGCACCCCAACCCUCGAGGCCCUGAUCGCCCAGGGCAUCCACACCAUCACCGUCAUCACGCGCCCGGACAGCACCAGCAAAAUCCCCGAUGUCGGCGUAGCUCGCGUCGAGCGCGGCGUCGCCUCCGAUGCCGACUUUGCCGUCCGCGCGCUCAAGGGCCAGGACGUGCUGCUGCUGCAGCUCGGCAUUCCGGCAAUGGGGGACCAGAAGCUGUGGAUCGAGGCGGCCGCCGAGGCCGGCGUGCCGCUGGUGGUACCAACCGAGUUCGGCAGCGACCCGGACCCGGAGUCUCGCAUCGUCAAGGAUUCGCCCAUCGUCGCGGGCAAGAAGCCCGUGCGCGAUCUGAUCAACGACCGGGGCAUGGCGUGGUCCGCCGUCGUCAACAACCCCUGGUUCGACUGGUCGCUGCCAAACGGCUUCUGGGGCUUCGACAUCGCCGCGCGCACGGCCAGGUUGUACGACGGCGGGAGGACAAGGUUCGUCACGACCAACGUCGGGACCGUCGGCAAGGCCACGGCGGGUCUGCUGUCGCUUCCCGACGCGGAGCUGGCAAGGUUCCACGACAAGCCCGUGUUUCUCAAGUCGUUCUACAUCACGCAGAGAGACAUCCUUGCCGCCCUGCUAAAGGCGACCGGGACGGAGGAGAAGGACUGGAAGAUUGAAGAGGUCGACGCAGAUGAGUUCAUUGAGCAGGCGGAUAAGGCGGGUGAGUUUGGGCAUAUAUCUGCAUUUUAUGCCAUGCACAUGUCGGAGGGACGCGGAGGAGACUACAACCACAAGGUUGGGGACACGAUGGAAUUGCUGGGAGCAGUUGAGAAGGAGACGCUCGAUGAGACUGUGGCGAGGGUCGUCAAGGGCAUUUAG